AUGCAAUCUGACUCUGAAUUAAGAAGACUUUCACAUGGGGAGAGGGGAGAUUCCCAAAAGUUAAAAGACAUAGGCCUUUAUGACAUUACUACUCCCCAGUUCUCGGGAUCAAUAGGCAAGUCAUUGGAGAAGAGACUGCUGUUAGAGAAGCCAGUAAGUCCCAUGACUGGACCGGACCAGAAGAAAGACAGUGUUCCAUCCACGAAACCCCACAGGCCCUGGGCUGACACCUGCAGCUCUUCAGAGAAAGAAGUUAACUUAUGUCUACAUGUCCCCACUCUUCCCAAUGGGAUCUCAUUACCUCAAACUGUGGAUCACUCGGUGCCGGAAGAAAGUAUUUUGAAAUACGAAGAUUACUUUUCACCCUCAGAGAGACUUUCUUUGAAAAGAGAGUUGAGUUGGUAUAGAGGCCGAAGACCCAGAACUGCUUUUACUCAAAACCAGAUUGAAGUGUUAGAAAAUGUCUUUAGAGUAAACUGCUAUCCUGGCAUUGAUAUCAGAGAAGACUUAGCUCAAAAACUGAACCUAGAGGAAGACAGAAUCCAGAUCUGGUUCCAAAAUCGGCGUGCAAAGCUGAAAAGGUCCCAUAGAGAAUCACAGUUUCUAAUGGCAAAAAAAAAUUUCAACACAGAUCUCCUGGAAUAA